GCCUCUGUGCAAAGGUGAGAGAGAGAGAGAGAGAGAGAGAGAGCUAAAGUACACACAACCUACACAGUGCACAGAUUAGACAGGACACCAUGGAGCAAACCCUGAUGUUUCCCGUGUUGAUCGGACUCGUAGCAGUGUUGGCCGCAGUCAUCUACCUCUUCCUGAACGCAGGGAACUCUAAAAGAAGUAAAAAAGCUAGCAAGGGACCCAAAACUCUGCAGGAUCCCAAUGUUAAAUACUCUCUACCCCUCAUAGAGAAGGAGGACAUUUCACACGACACGAAGAGAUUCCGCUUCAGGCUUCCCUCCUCCCUACACGUGCUCGGGCUCCCAGUCGGUCAGCAUGUGUACCUGUCUGCUAAAGUCAACGGGAACCUGGUGAUCCGAGCUUACACUCCUGUGUCCAGUGAUGAGGACCAGGGACACGUCGAUCUGGUCAUAAAGGUAUAUUACAAAAACACUCACCCAAACUACCCUGAUGGGGGCAAAAUGUCUCAGUACCUGAACGAUAUGAAGAUCGGUGACACCAUCGACUUCCGAGGGCCAAACGGCCUCCUGGUGUACAACGGCAACGGUCAGUUUGCGAUAAGGCCGGACAAAAAGUCUGAUGCCAAGCUGCGGAAGUUUAAACAUGUGGGCAUGAUCGCUGGUGGCACGGGCAUCACCCCAAUGCUGCAACUUAUCCGGACGAUCACAGCCGAUCCUACAGAUUGUACCAAGUGUUCCCUUAUUUUUGCCAACCAGACCGAGAAGGACAUUUUGUUAAGAAAGGAACUGGAAGAGGUUGUGAAGGAUCACCCUGAUAAACUCCACUUAUGGUACACACUGGACCGACCACCACAAGGUUGGAAGUACAGCACAGGAUUUCUGGACGCUUCAAUGAUGAAAGCACACCUUCCUCCUCCGGCGAAAGAUGUGCUGAUCGUGAUGUGUGGCCCGCCCCUGAUGAUCCAGAACGCAUGCUUGCCGAACCUCACCAAACUCGGCUACGACCCACAAAACACUUUCACGUACUAAACGUACCCAUCAGACGCAUUUGUAAAGUAAAUCUUACACUGCACUGGAUGUAAUAUUUCAGAACAUCCUGUAAAUAAAUAAUGCAUAAAUAAAACGUAUUUUAGAUGGAA